CCACUCUUUCUUCGAGAGGUGGAGCUUCACGCUGCAAACUUCUAGCCAAGCUGCACAAAGAGCAGAGUGCAGUCCCGGAUCUUUCUCCACGCUGAGAGUGGGCCGCCUGCGCAAAUCUAUCCACUUUGCAAGUGCGUUGCAUGAACCUGCGCGUUUUGACUGCAGGUUUUGCGUCUUCGUUUUUCUGAUUUCCCGACGAAGACUGACGUGACCCCCGAAAAAAACAACUUUCAGGACUGAAGCUGCAGGAGUGGCCUGGGAACAUUUGCCAUCAUGAGCAAGCAAAGAGUCAACCUUGACACUUACAGCUUGUCGCUGCUUACAGCCAAGGAGGACAUCCUAAACCCUCGCUCCUCCACAAACUGGGCAUUGUUUGCGUACGAGGGGGCCACCAACAAGCUCAAGCUGGCAGACUCAGGAGUGGGUGGUGUGACUGAAUUGGCAGAAAAGUUUCACAUCUCAAAGCCUCAAUAUGGACUGGUUAACAUAGGACAGACAGAGUCUGGAGCAGCUCAGAUAGCUAUGAUCUGCUGGAUGGGCCAAAAGGUGGAUGACUACUGGAGAACAGAAUGUGCCAGCCACAUUCCAGCCAUCAAAAACUUCUUUAAGGAAGCGCACGCUUUCAUUAGUGCUGAGAAGGCUGACGAUGUGACAGAAGAGAAGGUACAAGCUGAGCUCAGCAAGGCUCAAGCUCAGACUCCAUCGCAGUGGGCGAGACGGAGCUCGAGAUCCACUGAAAAGGAGGACAUAGUGGGUACCAACUACAGGAAAACUAAUGCAGCAAUGGAGAUGAGACACAUAAACAGAGAUUCCUUUUGGGCACAUGCAGAGCGGGAAGAAGAGAAGAGGAAAGAAGAAGAAAGGAGAAAAGCAGCAGAGGAGAGACGUCGCAUUGAAAGAGAAAGAAUUCUGAAGGAGCGAAGAGAAGAAGAGGAAAGAGACCGCAAAAUGAAUGAGAAACUACAAAUGAUCGAGGAGCAAAGAAGAAAACAAGCAGAGCAAGACGAAGAAAUGCAAAGAAAGGAAAAGUUGAAAUGGGAUCAGCUUCAGAGGGAGCACCAGGAGGACAUGAGGGCUCGUCUGCGCAGGAGCGAAUCCAUAGAGAAGGCAGCCGAGGCAGCAGUGUUGGUGUCCCAGCGCUCCAUGAACCCCAGGGAGUUCUUCAGGCAGCUGUCAUCGUCAUCAUCGCAGAGUCCCACCAGCCCUGGCUCUUCCCGUACCGGCAAACCAUUCAGAAGAUAUCAGCGCAGCCUGACAGAUACAGCCUUCAUCUUCUCGAAAGCAGAAGAAAGCGCCCCAUCCUCUCCACGCAGCUCUCCCCUGGUGUCCCCCUUCUCACGGGCUCCUCCCUCCCCGCUAUUUCAUGCAACAUCGGCCCCCAGGAGCCCCGAUUUCUGCUCAGCAAGCUCCCCGCAAAUGCCCAAGGCUCCCAUGUCACCUCCCUUGUCUCCUCUCCGACCCACUCCCCCUGUUUCAGCCUUGCCCAGAGUUUCACAAACCAGCAACCAGGUUAUUUAUGAACCCAAAGCGCCAUCACCCACAGAGCCUUCUGACUCCCUGAGAUUCUUGGGGUCUUUGUCGCCUAGUUUGAUAGAAAAAAGCCUAGAGACUCCCCCAGCCACACCCCCAAAUAUCCUAAACCAGACAGAGUUCUCAAGCUCUGAAAAUACUCUAGCCAGUCCCCUCCCUGAGACUUCACAUCUGAGCACAGACUGCAGCACUGCAAGUGAUGUUCACAAUGGGCUGCUUCCAGACAUUGCCUACACAGUACAAGCUGUACUGGUUGAAGAGAAUGAGGAAGAGGAUGUGGAGGAACCUGAGGACCAUAAGACUGAUGAGCAGCGUGAAACCAUGCCAGAACAUGCACAGAUUGAGACAAAAGAGACUGAAGAGGAGCAUAAGGAGAAGGUGAAUGAAGAGCAUUUGAAAGAGGACAAGGAAGAGGAAGAGGUGGAGGAGGAGGAGGAGGAGGUGGAUGGAUUAAAAGAGACUGCGUUACUGGAGGAAAUUCCAGAAGUGGGAUAUGAUGAAGAUGAGGCUAAGGAAGAUGGAAAGGAGUUCGGAGAAAGCCAGCCUCCUGCUGAGCCUGUGGAGACAGAGGUGUCAUCAGUUCCAGACACCAAACCCAUUUGUCAAGACAAGAUUCGUGACUCUCUAAUCCUCCCAACCAAUGGGAUGACAAACAGACAGGAACAGAAUGGGACAGAGCGAUCUUUGAGCCCAUCUGACACAGAGCACAGCAUGUCUGAGCUGAGUGUGUCCUGCCAUCCUUACGCUGAUGAGGAAGAGGAGUUUACAGAGGAUAAGGAUGAGGGCAUUUCAGAGAAUGGACAGGAGGAUUCAGUCGAGCAGCACAUGUGCGUUCGAGCGCUCUAUGACUACCAGGCAGAGGACGAAACAGAGAUCUCCUUUGAACCCGGUGACAUCAUCCGGGACGUGGAGACGGUGGACAAAGCCUGGUGGAGGGGCUGGAGCAAAGAUGGUCGCCAAGGCUUAUUCCCGGCUAAUUACGUGGAGACCAUAUAGGCAGACAAAGACGGAUCACGUACACACAAACCUACACUCAGGGACACUUUCUUUCUUCCCCCUCGUUUCCGCAUGUUUUCACCUUAAUCCUCCCACUGUAACUUUAUUCCCCAUGUUCUGUAGGAAGAAUAAAGACACACGUGACUCCUUGUUUUGUAGAAAGAAUAGACUAAAGUGUGACUCUUUUUUGAUGUUUUGGAGGAAAACACUAGUAUGUAGAAAUUACCCUGCCUCAUUUUCAUAGGUAACGUAGCAAAGACCUUUUUUCCUGGACCAAAAUAACUUAUUUCCUUUUGAGAUACUGCAGAAUUGUUGGCAGAAGAAAAAAACAUCUUAAACUUUUUUUUAUUUACUCGAAGAAGAAAAAAAAACAUUUUCUUCCAAGCAAAAAGUAUUCCUUUUGAUUCACACCUUUAACAAGCAUUCCUGUGCUCACCUUUUGUAACCAUGUACCAGGUAUCACCUUAUAAUCAUCCUUUUACAUUACCUACUUUAUUUUGUAUUUGUGCACUUCACAACUCAGUUUAAUUAUCCCCCCCCAAAAAAGAUAAUAAUAUUGAGAACAACAGGAGAGGAAAAUGAGACCAUGAUGCAUUUGAUGCAUACAUUGGGACCAUCUUUGUUCUGAUUGUGUUUGUCCUUACAUGCUUUUGUCUUAUUUUUGCAUGGAUUUUACAAAUUACUGCAUUUUCUGUCAGCACACAUAUAAUUUGAAAAAGAAAAAGUAGUCCACACUGUAUAUAAGAAUGUAUAAAAAAUAUUAACAACUAUCUUUUUGUAUCCUUGGGGUCAGAAGUUUGUAUGUUUUAUACUUGUGUUGUAUUUUUCUCUGUAUCUACUCCAAACUUACCAAACAGUUUCAUCUAAAGUUAAAAACUAUUUUAAAAAUA